ACCCAACCCAACCCAACCCAACCCAACAAGCAAAAGCGGCUUAUUCGAUGUCGAGGCGGAGAAUCCAAUGGAACAUUUUCUUUCUUUCUGUAAAUUUUAGCUGAAAUUGAAAUUGAACUUUUUCAACAAACAUCACCCAUAUGCAAAUGAUGGAGCAAUCCCUUUCUAAUCCUUCAAUCUCCAUCCCUAGAUCCUUUCAUUUCUCUUCUUAUCAUUCCCAUUCUUAUUUCUUUGGCUAUAAAUGCACUUCUUCGAAAAUAGGAUGUUUAUCUGUCGAUUCAAGCAAUGCUGCUGUUCAGAUUCACAAUGAUUCCUCGGCUGCCACGAAGGGGCCUUACCCAGGCGGAAUGGUGGGCCCACACACUGGGAGAAAUCCCUAUGUGAAGAAGCCUGAGUGGUUGAGGCAGAGAGCUCCUCAAGGGGAUAGGUUUCAAGAGGUCAAACACUCUCUCUCUCGCUUGAAUCUCAAUACUGUUUGCGAGGAAGCUCAAUGCCCCAAUAUUGGCGAGUGUUGGAAUGGAGGCGGCGAUGGUAUUGCAACCGCUACUAUCAUGCUUCUCGGAGAUACAUGUACUCGUGGCUGCAGAUUCUGUGCCGUUAAAACCAGCAGAAAUCCUGCACCGCCUGAUCCUAUGGAGCCUCAGAAUACUGCUCAGGCCAUUGCAAGCUGGGGUGUGGACUAUAUUGUUCUAACAAGUGUAGAUCGUGAUGAUCUUCCUGAUGGUGGAAGUGGACAUUUUUCACAGACUGUUCAAGCUAUGAAGAAACUCAAGCCUGGGAUCAUGAUUGAGUGCUUAACCUCUGAUUUUCGUGGGGAUUUAAGGGCUAUUGAAACUUUAGUACAUUCGGGUUUAGAUGUUUUUGCCCACAACAUUGAGACUGUGAAACGGCUACAGCGAAUUGUUAGAGACCCUCGAGCUGGGUAUGAACAAAGUUUAUCAGUUUUGCAACAUGCAAAGCUCAGCAAGGAGGGAAUGAUAACGAAAUCAUCUAUAAUGCUGGGUCUGGGAGAAACUGAUGAUGAGUUGAAGGAAACAAUGGCUGAUUUAAGGGCAAUAGAUGUUGAUAUUUUGACACUUGGACAGUAUUUACAGCCAACUCCAUUGCACUUGACUGUUAAAGAGUAUGUUACACCGGAGAAAUUUUCAUUCUGGAAGGAAUAUGGAGAGUCUAUUGGAUUCCGAUACAUAGCCAGUGGGCCUCUGGUUCGGUCCUCGUAUAGGGCGGGGGAGCUGUUUGUGAAGACGAUGGUGAGAGAAAGGACAAAUGAUACUGCUGCCAAAUCCUAGUGGGGUUUUGCAAUUGGUUGUGGGCUUCGGCUUUGCAACCAGAUGGCUUCAAACGUGGGCUAUUGUAUUUUCGUAUCUAAAUUGGUUUGCUCGACAUGUUUUGUCCUCAAUGUUGAGCAUUUAGCAAGUUUGAAAUGGGAGGCUUUAUUCUCGGUUGGGGUAAAUAGAACAAGGAAAUAGAACAUUUCAGAAGUAUAAAAUAAUUUUCUUGUAUGAUUUGUACUAUUAAACCAACUUCCUUGCAGUUAGACGGGACUUGGUAAGUGGUAUUUUACUAAUUAAAUUCAUAAAAUUUAUCAA